ACUUCCGCUCCGGGUGGCGGCGGUGGCGGAAGUGUGAGCGGGGACUGAGUCUUGGCCAUAAAGCCUGAGGCGGCAGCAGCGGCGGUAUUGGAAGCUUAUAAAGCGCGAAGAAGUCCGCUGGAAGUGGAACUUGGACUUCUCUGCCCUUGUCUUUCUUUGCUUCUUCUCGGCGGGAGCUCUCGCGACACACCCGGCCCGGAGCCCCCAGCGGAGCGGCCGCGUUUGAAGGAUGACCUCUAGGAAGAAAGUGUUGCUGAAAGUUAUCAUCCUGGGAGAUUCUGGAGUUGGUAAGACAUCACUCAUGAACCAGUAUGUGAACAAGAAAUUCAGCAAUCAGUACAAAGCCACAAUAGGAGCAGACUUUCUGACAAAGGAGGUGAUGGUGGAUGACAGACUAGUUACAAUGCAGAUAUGGGACACAGCAGGACAGGAACGGUUCCAGUCUCUUGGUGUGGCUUUCUACAGAGGUGCAGACUGCUGCGUCCUGGUAUUUGAUGUGACUGCCCCCAAUACAUUCAAAACCCUUGAUAGCUGGAGAGAUGAGUUUCUCAUCCAGGCCAGUCCCAGGGAUCCUGAAAACUUCCCCUUUGUUGUGUUGGGCAACAAGAUUGACCUCGAAAACAGACAGGUGGCCACAAAACGAGCACAGGCCUGGUGCUACAGCAAAAACAAUAUUCCCUACUUUGAGACUAGUGCCAAGGAAGCCAUCAAUGUGGAGCAGGCAUUCCAGACAAUUGCACGGAAUGCACUUAAACAGGAAACAGAGGUGGAGCUGUACAAUGAAUUCCCUGAACCCAUCAAAUUGGACAAGAACGACCGGGCCAAGGCCUCAGCGGAAAGCUGCAGUUGCUGAAGGGGCAGAGAGAAUAGAGCACAGAGUCCUUCACAAACCAAGAACACACUUAGGCCUUCAAACACAAGCCCCCUUGCCUCUUCCAAACAAAACAUAAAUUGAUCUCUCAUAUCCAGCUGCCAAAAGAAUCCCCACCAAACACAGUCACCCACACACACAACACAGAUCUGACACAAGCAUACAAACUCAAGUCCACGCCUAUGACACAGCUCCAUGGGGUCUGCCCCCUAACACACGAGCCCUUGUUAGUGGCAGCAGGACAGGCCAGCUGUAGACAUGAUUCUGGCGUGAAGUCGGCAUUGGAAGCUUAUUCUUUUUGUCUACUGGAGAGAGAGAGAGUGCGCGCGAGCUGUUUACAGUUAAUCUGUGUCUAAUUAGUUACCUGAUUUUUUUAAAUGUCUGUGGUCUUUUUAUCCCACCUCACCCUCCCUCCUUGUGAAGGCUACUCCUUGGGAAGGCUGGUGCCCAGGUUUCAUUACAGGCUCACACCCAGUCUGAUGAGACUGAGUUUUGUAUGUAUCUGUUGAUGCUUGUUACUUUUAACUAAUCAGAUCUUUUUACAGUAUCCAUUUAUUAUGUAAUGCUUCUUAGUAAAGAAUCUUAUAGUACAUGUUAAUAUAUGCAACCAAUUAAAAAUGUAUAAAUUAGUGUAAGAAAUUCUUGGAUUAUGUGUUUAAGUCCUGUACUGCAGGUGUGUAAAUCGGGAGGGUUUUACCCUGUCUGGAUUGCAGAGAGUUUGCAACUCAGAAUUCAAAAAUCCAGCUAGAGGCAGUAUUCUGUACAGUAGGCACAAGAAUUAUGUACGCCUUUUAUCAAAGACUAAGAGCCAAAAAGCUUUUCAUCUCUCUAGGGGGAAACUGUCUUGUUCCCUUCUGUGUCUAAAUUUUCUAAAAGGUUGAUUUGCAUAAUACAGUGAUAUUUGCAAUGGAGAAAAUGGCUCUUGUUUCAAAUAUUAAAAAUCUUUUUUUUCCCCCCCUUUUUUUGCCCCCUGCUCCACACUUCAAAACUCCCCUGGUUAGAUCAACAUCCUGCUGUAAGAGGGAAAGUAAAAUCCUAAAAGAUCUGUCCUAGUGAUUUUACCUUUGUUCUAGAAGGCGCUCCUUUCGGGAUUGUGGUAUCCCUAGGUUAGCAAACCUUUUUCUCUUUUUUUUUCCCACCCACCUUGCCAGUAUGGCCCAUCAUUACUUAAACUGUUUUCUUUGGUAUGGAACCCUGGCAGUCUGCUCCCUCCCUAGGAUCUGCCCCUGAAUUGUAGCUUGCUUCGUGGAGCACUUCCCUUUUCUCCAGAGGUCUUACAUUCUAGGGUGUGGGCUGAGUUCUUCUGUAAAGAGAUGAACAUGAUGCCAAUAAAAAUUAACAAGAACAA